CGAGUUUCCGUAGCGCGAUCGCUCUAAGUUUGGAUUUUGAGGAAGUGCUCAGCCAGCGGGCAAAUCACAAAGCAUCAGCGAAGACCCGACGGUUGUUUUAAACAGAACGGCGUACAGCGUUCGCACUGAAACCACACUAUGGCAUAUCAACUCUACAGAAACACGACACUCGGGAACAGUCUACAGGAGAGUCUCGAUGAACUUAUUCAGACUCAACAGAUCACACCACAGUUAGCCCUCCAAGUCCUUUUACAGUUUGACAAAGCUAUCAACACAGCACUGGCCAACCGGGUCCGCAACAGGGUCAAUUUUAGGGGAUCUCUGAACACGUACAGAUUCUGCGAUAACGUUUGGACAUUUGUUUUAAAUGACGUUGAGUUCCGAGAGGUGACCGAUUUGGUCAAGGUGGACAAAGUAAAAAUCGUAGCAUGUGAUGGCAAAAACACUGGGUCUAAUGCAGCUGAGUGAAAUCAAGGUGGAGAGAGAAAGAGAAGUGAACUUAAUAUGCUGGCUGAUGAGAAGAAUUGAAGACGAGGCACACAGCGGUGGGGACCGUGUAUAUAUAAUUUAUUACAGGAAACAGUUCUCUAGCCUUCAUACGUCAACCUGCUCAGUGGAAGACUGACAAACAUAUGGAGCACAUAAGGCCUUGGACGUCACAUUACAUUUUUCUUGUUAUAAAUAAAUUUAUAUAAUUUUCAUAGAAAUGGCAAUGCUUUUCAGUUUGUUACUAUUUAGCUUAUUCUCUAAUAAAAUUGUUUUAAAUUUU